UUCCCUCCAGCCAACUAGUUAUUUUUCUUAACACUAAACCCCCACACCCGAAGGCCGAAAGUACACUGUUUGCAGUUCAGGGUUUUAUUAUGUACUCUUUCUAAACGGAACAGAACUCCAAUUCUCUGAUUAAUCUGCAAUGGAGAAACAACCUGAGAUUGAAAGGACUGGAAUCGAAGAAAUCGACAAUGGGGAAUACUGGCCACUCUCGGGGAAACCCUAUGUUGAUAUGAUUCUCUCAAAGAGCAGUGUCAAGCCCCUCUACAAUUUGUAUAUACCCAAAAAAAUGACAGACGAGCUUCCUUCUGAUGGAGCACCUGUAGUCCUAACUUGUGGUCGAAAGAAGUGGGAUAUGUUUUACGGUGGAAAAUCUAACCACAAAUUUAGCGGUGAGUGGAGAAAAUUUGUGGAUGAUAAUAAUUUGAAGGAAGGGGAUGGACUUGUGUUUGAACUUUCAGAGUGCAGCGCCAGCAAAAUCCAUUUCAGGGUUCAGAUUCUCAGAGGUGAUUUCCCAUCUGAAUUGGUGCCUAAAGAUGUGGCGGGUGCAAACCAUGACAACCCAAUAGAAAUUGGUUGAAACUGCUCUUGUAAUUGUUGGAAGUUGUAGGUUAACUACAAGUGUUUGAAACCAUGUCUACUCAAUUUUAUUUUCUGCAAGAUACAUCUGCAGUUUUCUUAGUUUACCUCAGGUGCAUGCAAACUCUGUUUUAAAAGAUUCAACUUUCUAUUUUAUUCUCUGUGUAUGUAUUGUCUAAAUUGUGAUUAUGGUGGUUAUCUUCUGUCUGUGUACUAAGCAUUAACUCUGCUAUAUCAUUUCAAAGAAUGGAAUUUAGCAAUUAUUUUGACAA